GCGGCAUGGCGGUGUCUGUAGGCGAGCGCGUGGUUUUCAUGUAGGGAUUGUUGUUAUUAUUAAUUUUUUUCUAAGGUUGUUGAUCUGCCAGGUAGGAGAACGCAAUGUCGACACCAGGAAAAUCUGCGAAGAAGAAGGAGAAGAAGAAGCCGAUUCCGGUGAAAACUUCUCUCAAGAACCCUUACCCGCUGCAGUGGAGUCCUCUGGGCAGAGAGGACAUGCAGUUUAUCCUCAACCUUCUGAAGGACAAGUUGUCAGAGACGGGUCUGCAAAAGAGGGAGAUGAAAGAGAACCGCAGGUGGUUUGGGAAGAAGAAGAAAAAACCUUCCACCAAGACGCCUGCAGGAGAGCCUGAGAAGGAGGCGAAAGAAGCUUCCGGCGCUCCGUCAGAGGACAAGGUGGAGCACGGCUGGACCGAUGUGGCACUCAGGAAGGAGUUGGCUAUUGGGAUCAACGAAGUCACACGUGGCCUCGAGCGGAACCAACUGGCCCUGGUUCUGGUGUGCAAGUCGGUGAAACCCCCGCACAUGACCGCCCACCUGCUCCCGCUGAGCGCCAGUCGUGCUGUGCCCGCCUGCCAGGUACCCCGGCUCAGCGAGAGCCUGGCCGGGCCAUUGGGGCUCCGCUGUGUCCUGGCGCUGGGCAUCAAGAGGGACGCCGUUGUCUUUUCUGCAGCAGUUGGGGCCAUCGCCUCCCGGGUUCCCCGCUUCGAUAUGGCGGGGGUUCUGCCGCAGGUCAAGGUCAAACCUGCAGAGAAAGGAACCGUCACUCCGGAGCCAAUGGAUGCUAUCGGCAACAGAGCUGGGACAAGGAAGAGAAAAAUGGAGGAGUCUCCUUCUGCAGCACCUGAACCAGAGACAAGACCAAUGCCCAGCCUGCACCCUCUCAAAGUUAAGAAGAUUAUUCCCAACCCUAGAAAGGUCCGGAAGUCAAAGAAGCUGAAAAAAUAAAGAACUUUAGUGUUUUAAUAACUUUUACUUUCUGAACUAGAAGCAACAUUCAUUUCAUUUAUUUAAACAGCUGGACGCUCGGGACUGUCCUCUUUGUGUGGUGCUUUUUAAAUGGCACAGAUGCUCCUAAGCUGAAAAAUUUGUCUUUAUAAGACAGAAGGUGAUAAACUUAAUAUUGUGAUUCAUUUCCAUGUGUGAAGCUUUGAAUUAAUGAGUCACAAACAGGUCAAAAGUGAAGUUCAGAUGAGUUUAUUCAAUCAAAUAUCCAUGCUGGUAUACCUUAACAUGUAUUUAAGAUGAGAUCUGGAUGAUAGUCAUGUUCAAAUGGCGCUGGUUCGUAUUCCUCGGUUCU